GAAGUAACCAACCAAAUGUCAUAAAGAGAUGUUAUUUAAAUGUCAUUAGCUACACAACUUCCUGUGAGCUAUUAUAGUAGAGCUUGAUGUGAGAUGGAUUGCCACCACAGAAACCAGAAACAUUCAUGUUAGUCAGAAGCAACUACGAGCACAAAAUGAUGUAGUUCACUGUGGUAUUUUAUCAUGGAACAGAAUACAUCACUGGCCUUCGUCAGUGAGGGUUAUCUCCCUCCAGUUUUCAAAAUAGUCAGCUUGGUGUUCUACAGCAUCAUAUUCUCUGUUGGCUUGGUGGUCAAUCUUUCAGCCCUCUGGGUCUUUGCUCUAACUACAAAAAGAAGGAGUUCUGUCACCAUCUACAUGAUCAAUGUGGCUGUGGUGGAUCUUAUCUUCAUUGUCCUGCUUCCCUUCAGAAUGGCCUACUACAGUGGGGAUUAUUGGCCGUUUGGUGAUAUGUUCUGCAGAAUCAAUGCAGCACUUACAAUACUCUAUCCAUGUCUGGCUCUCUGGCUCUUUGCUCUUAUAAGUGCUGACCGCUAUGUAGCCAUAGUUCAGCCACGACAUAGCAAAGAGCUAAAGAACGUGCACAAGGCCUUGUUGUCAUGUGUGGGUAUAUGGAUCAUGACCCUUGGUGGUGCCGCAUCACUUCUUUUCCUGGAUGAAGAUCCGGACCAAAUCUCCAACCAUACCACCUGCCUGAAGAUGCAUGACAUCGUCUACCUGCGUCGGGACAACCCUGUCCACUUCGCUCGCCUGACUUUCUUCUUCUUGGUGCCAUUGUUGAUUAUGGUGGGCUGUUAUAUCACCAUUGUGGACAACCUCAUCCACGGGCGCACAUCCAAGCUCAAGCCCAACGUGAAGCAGAAAUCCAUUCGUAUCAUCAUCACGUUGAUCAUGCAGGUGCUGGUCUGUUUCGUUCCCUUUCAUGUCUGCUUUGUGCUUCUGCUUUUUGAGAAUAGUGGCCAGGACUACAGCACCUGGGGGUCAUUCACAACGUUCCUGAUGAACAUGAGUACAGUGUUGGAUAUUAUACUUUACUACAUAGUUUCUAAACAGUUUCAGGACCGUGUGAUUAGUGUGAUCCUCUACAGAAACUAUUUAAGAAGCGUGCGAAGAAAGAGUCGACACACAGGUAGUGUGCGCUCUCUCAGUAACCUUACCAGUGCCAUGAUCUGAUUAAUCUGACAUGGUUUGAACACAGGAAAUUGAAAUUUUUUCUAAAUAUAUAUAAGAUAAUUUCAGACUAGUCUUGAAAAAAAGAGGAACAAACUGAAGCUUGGACUAUUUCACUUUCAUUUGUUGCAGUUGUUUUGUCCAUUUCUAAUCAAGAGCUCUUUCUGUUCUCUGUCUGUCAUGCUGGUUCUGCAAAUGUGGCUUUCAAUUGACUUAUGAAAGUUAACUUAUCCAAGUAAAUCAGCUGUGAAUUAGAUAUAAUAUAAUAAUAUCUCCUAUGGUAUUGCAAAAAUUCAUAAUGUAUUAAAUAAACAAACAAUUUUCUUUUUGGAUUGUACAAUGUCAUCAGGGUUUAGUGGGAAUUUGACUGAUUAAUAUUAUUAAGAGACCAUUUAUUGUACAUAAGGUUAUGAAUUCAUGCUCCUAUAAAUUUAAGUGUUUUCUUAUUUUCCUAGUCUGUAUAAAUGUACAUAAUAAGCUUGUCAAACUUUAUCAGUUGCAAUACUUGCCACUUUUUUAGUCUGGUCUGGACAAGCCUACCAUGGGACUGGGCAAGCACAUUUCUGAAUUGAUAGUUUUUCUGAAAUGUUUCUCGGAAUGUUUCUUACCCAUACCAUGCCAAGUAUGUUUAUAGCUUCUAUAAGCUAUUACGUACUAAUGUAUUACAGACAAUAAACUGAUUGUUUUCAUACUGUGCUGUUAUUAUAACACAGCAUAUUUCUUUAAUUGUUACUGUGGAUCAUGACUUCUAUAUUGUGGUGUUGUUGUUGUUGUUAUAACCUAUAGCUAGUUCUAGCCAAAUAUACAUUUUCAUAUACAGUUUACAAUGUACAGACCUUAACAUCAAGUGCUGUGCAAGAACGUUGUUGAUUCCAAUCAACUCUUUCUAAAGAAACAGCAGAAAUUCCUGAACAUGUUAUAAAGAAAAUUAAGCUGAUGAAACAAAUGUUUUAAAUAUCUUUUAUUUCAACACCGUUUAUAAUCUGUAAUAUUGUACCAUUGUUAAGUUUUUUACUAUAGUUGUAUUUGGUUUAAGGAAAAGGCAAUAACAAUCUGUAACAGUGUUACUGGAAGUAAGCUCUCUUCAUGUAAGAAGUGUGUGUGUUGGGAGGGACCCAGAAAUAACAAUGUAACUGGAAUAUUAAAAUUGUUUUUGUUUAAAGGCC